AUGCCGUCUGACGAUUUUUCCAAGCGACACCAAAGUUCACUCAAAGAACUCUUCGUAAGACUGCGUAGCAGUGAAACACCAUUAUUCAUCUCUAGUGUCAACACCUUUGAUGAUAAAGUUGUUGUCGAUGAUGAUGCUGGUGAUGAUGAUGAUGACGAUGAUGAUGAUGAUGAUAAUGAUAAUGAUGAUGAUGAUGAUGAUGAUGAUGAUGAUGAUGAUGAUGAUGAUGAUGAGAAAUACACUUAUUUGCAAAUCAAAUUUGUUUUCACGAAGGAGUCAACUGAGUUUCUUGUUUAUGAUAUUCUGCAACUGAAUGUGCUUUACACAGGCUGCCUCAUGUUUCAGCUGGCAGGAUAUUCGAGAUAUUGCAGUAUAUUCUCAUAA